AUGAAGCUGACAUGUAGGUCUCACGAAAAAGUAUGGUUCUCGCGUCCCCGUAACUACGGUAAAGGUUCUCGUCAGUGUCGUGUCUGUGCCCAUCAAGCGGGUCUUAUCCGGGGUCUCAACAUGUGCCGUCAAUGUUUCCGUGAAAAGGUGUGUUUUGACGUUGUAUUCGGAGGACAGAGCUGA